AAUUGUUACUGCUUAAAUAAUUUAAACAGGAUCCAGACAGUCUUAGUGCUAUCAAUAAAAUAUAUAAAACAUGCUUCGAGCUUUCAGUUUCUGGAAAUCUACAUUGGUAACCUUUAAACCAGCUCUGGUCUCUUCUAUUUCUGAGGAAGCAAAGAUUCGACAAAUAAUUGGUAUCCGUACGAAUCGGCCAGUUAAUAUUCAGAUAGUCAACUCAAUUAUAGAGAAGACCAAUAGUGAAGGAUUGGCUGGUACAGCAGCUAGAAUUGCCCGGGCUGGAGUUUAUUUGAAUUCCCAUAAUCCAACUUCAGCUAUUGAUGAAAUUCUUGAUGUUCUUCCAAAGAUUAAAGAUCAGGCACUAAAGCAAAUGGCUAUUGGAACUAGCUUGCGUGCUUGGAAUGACUUGCUGGACGACAAAGAGUCUAUUCUGAGUGUUUCCGUGGCUACUACUGAAUCUGAGGUCUCCAAAAUUCGGACAAAAACAGUGGAAAACUACAAUGCAUUUAAAGCUGCUUUCCCAAGCAGCUGGCUUGUGAGGCUUGCGUGUGCUGAGUUUAAUAUGUACCUUGGAAAAUCUAAAGAUGCGUACAAUGAUUUUAUCGAAAUCGAGAAGGAUAUUAAAAAACUCAUUGACACACCAUCAAAAUUUGUGUAUGAAGUCGCCACGAAUAAAAACACAAAUCCCUAUUUACUAUUGGGCCAUCAGCUUCUGCGAUCUUCUGUUCUUCAUAAUACAAAAUCAAAAGCUAACGGUGAGUCAAUUCCAGAAGGAACCUUUGGCUUCAAUACAGAUGUCUUGAAUGGACCGAACUUAGAUGUUCUAAAAAAGGAAUUGGAUGAUAACCUAAGCGAUGAAGAGGUCAUUGAAAUUGCUUUUAUUAUUUUUAAUGCCAGUUUACUUCACCACUUUCACGAUUUCUUUCCUUUAAGAUCCGAAUACGAAGACUGGGAUUCUGACAAAGCACAACAUGCAAAGAGGCUUAUUUACGGUGCAUACCAGGGCGUCAGUACGAAUUCUUUUGAUAAACUUAUACAGGAGGUCCGAUCAUCGAUGCCUCAGGAUCCAUUUUAUGCACCUGUGAACAAACUACAGGAAGUUCUGAAAACCGCACCAAAUGAUAGGAGCAUUCUGCAGUCCAUUCGCGUGGCCUUUGGAAACCGAUCCGAGACUUCUUUUUCCAAAGGUGAUAAAGCUUUUCAUGAGGCUACCGACCUCAUCGAUGGCUCGGACAUGUCUCCUGAAGCAUCCGGUACAAUACGAUAUGUCCAGCGACAAGCUGAAAUUCUCAGGGAACUCUACCAGCAGCUUUGGUAUCGUACAAAGGUUCAAAUAGGAGUAGCCCUGAGUGAAAUGAAUCGUUUUCACGAAGCGGUGCAGGUGGUUUCUCCUGUUAUUGAGGCAGAUGAGUUCAUUUACAUGUGGCGUGCCUUACUAACACGCAGCCGAGCAUACAAAGGAAUGGGCUGUAUCACCUUAUCUGACAAAGAUACAAAGCUAUUAAAUAACCUUAAAAGAAGUUUAGUAGCGAGUCCACUUUAUGAUGCAGUUAAGCAAGAGCAUUAACUGCAGUAGUUUGAAGUAUCUUACAGAUUUUCAUAUUAUAAAACUAGUAUUCGUUACCUUUUUUACUUAACACAAUUAUUUGUGAAAAUAGGUAGCAUUGCAUUUAGGAAUUUUUUCAAUGCAAACUAUUUUUUAUAUCUUCAAUAGGUAAUAUGAAUUAUUAUUGUUAAUAUUUAUGCCUAAUAUAGUCCGGACUGCCUUCAAAACGUUGUAACUUAUCUUUAUAUAUUUAUAUAUCUAUUAUACCGAAUGUUUUUCUUUUUGUUGUUGUUUAUCAAAUGUCAUAUAGUAGAAGCUUUUCCUUCUUUUUGCCAACCCCUUAUUUACUAACCAUCACUUUAAGACUAAUGUAAAUAUUUAUUUAGAAGAACAUUAGUACGAAUACAUUCAUGCUAGAUCACGUCUUUCUGAGACGAUAAUUAGAGCUUUUCUAGGUGAUAUUCAAUUCCAUAAUAUUAUUGAAUUGCUUUCCACCAAAAGUGAAAGAAAAUCCGAUUUCAACAUUUCCUAGUCUCUCUCUGUUUCAGCACUAUACCUAUUCAUCUAAUGGAUGGUCAUAAUGGCACUCUGAAUGCAGACAUUUUUAUGCGCAUGCUUACACGUCUUUAUCUUUAUGUUGGAGAUUAGUAGGAACUAUAAUACUCUUUGACUAAACGUCGCUGUAUUCUGCCUAUGAUAUAAGGUUCGUAAUUAAACUUUUUAUUUUCCACUGCUAUCAUUCUUUUUAUUUAUGAAAAA